AUGGGGAGGUUAGAUGCGCUCGUGCAGUUUAAUUUGCUCACAUGGAUCAGAGAGGAGAAGCAGUCGAGGAGACUGUGUCUCUUCGUGGUUUUCGUCGCCCUGCUCUUGGACAACAUGCUCAUGACUGUGGUCGUUCCCAUCAUUCCCAGCUACCUGUACGCCCUGGAUCACCCAACAGACGUGACGUUGAAGAACGACACCAUGUCGCAGCAAGGUCCUCCAGCAGCCUUCCACAGCAUUGUGUCCUUAUACGACAACACCGUGAGGUCUUCUGGCUCCAACGCCACAGCUGGGGCGACUGCCAUGGUCCCUACGCCUCCCGCUGCUACAGAGCUACCAAACAACUCCACCGAGUGCCCCAAGUCUAACCAGCUGGCCAAUGAGAACGUCAAAGUGGGAUUGCUUUUCGCUUCCAAGGCCACCGUACAGAUAAUUACCAACCCCUUCAUAGGGCCCCUCACAAACAAAAUAGGAUAUCAUAUUCCCAUAUUCGCUGGCUUCUGCAUCAUGUUCGUCUCCACUCUCAUGUUCGCCUUCUCGUCGAGCUACGCUCUGCUGUUUCUGGCCAGAUCGAUGCAAGGUGUCGGCUCCUCCUGCUCCUCCGUGGCUGGGAUGGGAAUGCUCGCCAGUUUGUACACGGAUGAAGAGGAGAGAAGCAAAGCCAUCGGGAUUGCCUUAGGAGGUCUGGCAUUGGGAGUGCUAGUCGGACCCCCGUUUGGCAGCGUGAUGUACGAGUUUGUUGGGAAGACCGCUCCGUUCCUCAUCCUGGCGUUCCUGGCUCUGUUCGAUGGAGCUCUGCAGCUGCUUGUUUUUAAGCCCAACAAGAUCGAACCAGAGAGUCAGAAGGGGACCCCGCUGUUGACACUAAUGAAGGAUCCAUACAUUUUAGUCGCAGCUGGUGCCAUUUGUUUUGGAAAUAUGGCCGUCGCCAUGAUGGAGCCAACGCUGACAAUCUGGAUGAUGCAGACCAUGUGUUCCAGCGAAUGGCAGCUAGGCGUCGCUUUCUUACCGGCGUCCAUCUCCUACCUUAUUGGAACCUACAUCUUCGGCAGGUUGGGGCUCAAGAUGGGGAGAUGGCUUUGUGCUUUCAUUGGAAUGAUCGUGGUUGGAAUCAGUGUAAUAUGUGUUCCAUUUGCCAAAAACCUCUCCGGUCUGAUUAUCCCAAACUUCGGUAUUGGUUUGGCUAUCGGUAGGUCUGCUGAAUGUAAUGGUGCGACACAAGUGUGUGUCCCUCUGAGUGUGUGAGACAUGUGUUGUUUGUGGUGUGUUACAGGCAUGGUGGACUCCUCUAUGAUGCCCAUCAUGGGUUACCUGGUGGACCUGCGACACGUGUCUGUUUAUGGAAGUGUGUAUGCCAUCGCUGACGUGGCGUUCUGCUUUGGAUUUGCUUUCGGUCCAUCUAUCGGAGGAGCCAUCGCCGAGAGUAUCGGCUUCCCCUGGCUGAUGACCAUAAUUGGGAUCGUGGAUAUUCUCUUUGCUCCUCUCUGCAUCUUCCUCAGGAGUCCACCGGGACAAGAAGAGAAAAUUGCUAUUUUGAUGGACUCCAACUGUUCAAUGAAGACACGGUCCUACUCCACUCAGGGGACGUGCUACCAGGGUGAGAACAUGGAUCCAGAAUAUGACGAUUAUGAUUAA